AUGCAGCUUCAACGUUUCCUCUACCUUGCUUCUGUGCUGCCAGUUGUCGUGUUUGCUCACCGCUCACCUCCCAAGAAGCCUCUUGAAGCGAUAUCUCUGUUCCAGGUUCUGCCACAACCCCAGUCUCCGCUUCCGAUCAUUGAGCUCUACAAGCCUGUAUCUGUCCCUCAGUCCACAAGAUGCAAUGUCCAGCAGACGUUGAUGGUGCACACCUUCGCCUCAAGCUACGGCGUUCCUUAUGUCGGGCAAUACACACCACCUUCGUGUGAUUUCAACAAUGUCGUUAUCGAAUGGACUGUCACCAGCGCUGGCCGCCAGUUCGAUCGCUUGGCUGAGAUGUUCCUGGGAGAUAUUGAAGUUUGGCGGACGAGCACUGCCGAACCCACCGCCUCAGGUAUCAUCUUCCGAUACGAAAAGGACCUCAGCAUGUACUUGAGUCUUUGGAAGUCACCUCAGCAGCUCAUCUUCAGCUUGAACAAUGUUUACGACUCGACCUAUACUGGUGCAUUCAACACCACUCUCACAGCUACUUUCUCUCACAACCCAGCCAAGCCAGCUCAUGCCGAUCUGAUCCUGCCCAUCACUCCUCAACUCGGUGCUACUGGACAGCCAAGUAUCUUCACUCUACCAGGCGACAGUGCAUCAGCCCAGCAGACAAUUCCUCGAAACAUUACCCAAGCAACCGUUUCGAUCGCAGCCACUGGUCAAAGCAAUGAAGAAUUCUGGUACACCAACGUCCUCCAAUCAGAUAUUGACACUUUUGACCCCACCGUCGGCACUCUACUGGGAUAUGGUCCCUUCCGCGAGGUUCAGUUGUACAUCGACGACAUGAUGGCAGGCGUCGCGUGGCCAUUUCCAGUCAUCUUCACUGGUGGCAUUGCUCCAGGCUUCUGGCGUCCAGUAGUAGGUAUCGACGCAUACGAUCUGCGGGAGUAUGAAAUUGACAUUUCACCCUUCCUGCCAUAUCUCUCGGACGGCAAGCCGCACAGUUUCAGCAUCAGAGUCGUGGGUAUGGAUGACAACGGAGGCAAUGGACCAGCCACCCUCUCUUCGGGCAGCAUAAAUGCUUAUUGGUUGGUCAACGCAAAGAUCUUUCUCUUCUCCGGCAAUGAAGAGUACAACGGCCCCCAUGCUGCUCCUUCCAUCUCCACUUCGCCCUCAGUACAGACCACAUCCAGCAUUACCGGCACCUCGAACGGCACCAACACAACACUAAACUACAGCGUCUCGGCCAGACGCACCUUCACCGCCAAAUCGGCUUUCGGAAGCUGGACACAAAGCCUGUCAUACAGCAACAUCGGCUACGUCGGCAACAGCGGACUGGCCUCUUCAAACAUACAAUCCACCACAGGCACCAAUACCGCAGUCCUCAACAGCGCACCCCUCUUCUCAAACACACUCAGCUACACAUACCCCAUCACCGCCAACUUGACCUAUGCAUCCACAAACUUUUCCAUCUUCGAGGCAUACGUAGACUACGGUCUCAAAAUCGCAUCAUCGGGAAGACCAGAUCUUUCGACCUUCACACUAGUCGAUGGUCCCAUGGAGUUGAGCGCCAGACAAUUCGGCAAUGCGUAUUAUUCGAGUGUGGCGAAUCACAGUUAUUCGUAUGGAGUCAUGGAUAGGAGGUUCCAAGAGGAGAGUUAUGGUAGUGGGUACUCUAGGCAUGUCAAGACGGAUAACUUGACCGUUACUUAUGACUCUCCGGUUUGA